AUGUACGUGGAGUUUAUCAACGAGUACCUGUCAUUGGGUCACUGCAGAGUUGUGUCGAGUGCUGAACUCAAAAAUCCAGGAUUCGCCUACUACCUUCCGCACCAUUGUGUAAUGAAACCAGGCAGCUCCACCACUAAGUUGCGAAUGGUGUUCGACGCUUCGGCGAAGACUAGUUCCGAUUUGUCUUUGAACGAUGUCAUGGAAGUCGGACCAACUGUGCAAGACUCGUUAUUCAAUAUAAUAUUGAGAUUCCGCAUGCAUAAAUUUGUUUUCACUGCCGACGUACCUAAAAUGUACCGGCAAGUGAUUGUAGACGAAAAUCAACGUAAAUAUCAGCGGAUUCUGUGGAGAGCGAGCAAGGAUGAACCAAUCAGGGAGCUGGAAUUAAAUACGGUGACUUACGGAACAGCUGCCGCCCCUUAUUUGGCGACCCGCGCAAUCCUUCAACUGGCCAUAGAUGAACAGAAGAACUUUCCAGCUGCAAGCCUGACUGUAAGGAAAUGCUUCUAUAUUGACGACGUACUCGCUGGUGCUGCCACACUGAGAGAAGCGAAACAACUACAGCAUGACUUGAUCGCACUAUUAGAAAGAGGCGGAUUCAAGCUCCACAAAUGGUGUGCGAACGACGAUGCUUUGCUGGAGGGAAUUCCAAUUGAAGCCCAAGAAAAGCAACUCAGUUUCGAGGACAGCGAAGUCAACGGUGUCAUCAAGACACUUGGAAUACUUUGGGAUCCAGUUGAAGACGAUUUCAUGUUCUUCGUGAAGCCUGUCGGUGAUUUUUCUGCAAUUCCUACAAAGAGAACUGUACUCUCCGAAAUGUCAAGGUUGUUUGACCCGCAUGGAUUGCUGGCGCCAACAAUAGUGGUAGCCAAGUUGAUUAUGCAGCAGCUAUGGCAACAGAAUAUAGGUUGGAAUGAUCCAAUUCCCCAAGAGCAGCUUCGCACAUGGAACAGAUUUCGAUCUGAGCUUUGCAGUUUGAAUUCUUCGAAGAUCAACCGGCGGAUAACUAUUGACGACACUAUUGCUAUGGAGCUGCACGGUUUCGCAGAUGCAUCAAAGGUGGCUUACGGAUGUUGCAUAUAUUUGAGGAACAUUAAAAAUGACGGGACGGCAAACGUUCGACUGAUUUGCGGUAAGUCGAGAAUCGCUCCCAUGAAGGAAACGCAACGGGAUGUCAGAGCGGAUGCGACGCCUGCUGAGAUGACGAUUCCGAGACUUGAAUUGUGUGCUGCAUUGUUGUUAGCUGAGCUUAUGGAAAAAGUGCGCGAAACCCUAGCGUUACAAACCGUAAAGGUUGUGCUUUGGUCCGAUUCGAAAAUUGUAUUGUGGUGGUUGAAGAAAAUGAAAGCAGGUACUCCUGUUUUUGUACAAAAUCGUGUUGUGAAGAUACGACAGUUGUUUUCAUCUGAUAAAUGGCGUUAUAUUUCAACGCAGCACAACCCUGCAGAUUUAGUAUCUCGUGGAGUGUUCCCAGCUGACCUGAUGCACUGUGAAGGAUGGUGGUCCGGUCCAAGUGCUCUCUCGACCGUUGCAGACAAUGAAGAUGUAAUCGAUUUGAUGGAGUCUGAAGAGAAUGAAGAACCAUCUCUUCAGCAAAUCAUCGGUUUGUUAGUACCGAAGACGCAGUUUGAUCUAUUUGAUUUGAUUCUGAAGCACAGUAGUUACCGUAAGUUACAGCGCAUUUUUGCGUACAUAAUCCGUUUUAUUUACAAUUGUCGAGCAAAACAAAAUCAAACUGAACGCAGAACUGGAUAUCUCGGCGUCAAGGACCAUUGCGAUGCGCAGAAGGCAAUGGAGAUUGUUGUACAGCGAAAGGUUUAUAAGAACGAAAUAGAAUGCUUCCAGAAGAAUGUAACAAUCAAGGGAAAACUGCGAAAUUUAAAACCAAUUUAUGACGAGAACGAAAGGCUGCUACGUGUCGGCGGUCGCAUACGAAAUUCCGAUCUACCAGAAGACCAGAAGCAUCCAAUGAUUUUACCGGAAAAUAAUCACUUCACUGAAAUCUUGAUCGAAGCUCUACAUCUAGAACAUCUUCAUGUUGGUUUAAACGGAUUGCUCGCGGUAGUAAAACAAAGGUUCUGGCCUGUAAACGCAAAACGAACCAUUCAUCGUGUCCUGAAGAAAUGCGUACGUUGCUUUCGAACCAAUCCCAAAGAUGUACUGCAGUAUAUGGGCGACCUUCCGAGCUGCCGAGUGACUGCGGCUCAACCCUUUGUCAGAACUGGUAUGGACUAUGCGGGACCUUUCUUCAUAAAGGUUGGACGAAUGAAGACGAAGAUAAAGGUGUACGUGUGUCUGUUCGUAUGUAUGGUGACGAAAUCCAUUCAUCUGGAGUUGGUGAGUUCGCUAACGACGGAUGGAUUUUUAGCGGCACUUCAUCGGUUUGCUGGUCGAUGUGGAAACCCAUCUGAGUUAUUCUCUGAUAAUGGAAGCAACUUUCGAGGAGCAGAUCGAAAGCUAUUGGAGCUGUUCGAGUUACUGCGGUCUCAGAUAUUAAAUGAAAAGGUAAACGAGUUCUGCCAGCCGAGAGGAAUCAAAUGGAGUUUUAAUUUACCCAAAGCUCCUCAUCAUCGAGGAAUUUGGGAGGCCAACGUGAAAUGUAUGAAGACCCACCUGUACAAAACGCUGAACGAAAGCUACCUGACAUAUGAAGAGAUGAACACAUUACUGAUCCAGAUAGAAGGUAUACUAAAUUCGCGGCCUCUUGUGCAAUUGACGGAUGAUCCAUUUGAUUAUGAAGCUCUGAGCCCCGGACACUUCCUAGUUGGACGAGAAUUGACGGCGGUAGCGGAACCACUGUAUGGUGAUUUGAAGGAGAAUAGUUUGUCACGAUACCAGUUGGUGCAGAAACGGAUGCAGCAUUUUUGGCGGAGAUGGUCAAACGAAUAUAUUACCGGUCUACAGAAGCGUAGCAAGUGGUACAAGGAUUUCACCAAACUGCAGAACGGAUUGCUGGUCAUCAUGAAAGAGGAUGAUAAUAUGCCACCUAAAACAUGGAGGCUGGGCCGCAUAGUAGAGACGUAUCCAGCGAAAGACGGAGUCAUACGCGUGGUUACAAUCCGCACCAACAGUAACACUUACAAGCGACCAACAACCCAGUUUGCCGUGUUACCAAUCGAAGACAAUAUGGAUCAAGCUGGUAUCAAGGAGUAG